AUGGACGCAAGAGAAAAAUUCGCGGCAUUCAAGAAGGCUUAUGGGAAAACCUAUCGCACACCAACUGAAGAGAAAGAACGGUUUAUGAUAUUCAAUGAGAACUUGAACCAAAUCGACAGUCUCAUGGCUAGGAGAAGAGGGAGUGUUGUUUUCGGCGUUGGCCCAUACGCGGAUUUAACUAGCGCAGAGUACUCGGCAUCUAAGGGCACCCUACAAUCUGAGGACGCAAGCACCGAAGCCCCAUGGUUAAAACCACGAAUGCUGAAUCCGAACCAAAGCUGGUGGAACCAAAGACCAAGACAGAGAUCGGCGCCGGCACCAACCACCCCUAGGGGACACCCACCCCCUCGGUCAAACUCGGUACCUGCAUCGUUUAGACCCCCACCUUUCGGCUACAGAGGUUACGAACCAGAAGGAAGGAUCCUCAUUGACUGGCGCGUUCCGGCCAACCUGUAUCCACCAACUGUGCCUCAAGACCAGUUCGGACGGAAGUGCGGCGCGUGUUAUGUUUUUGCAGCAGUUGGUGCCGUUGAGAUCCUUUUGGCUAAGGCAGAAGGCAAAGUCACCCAGCUCUCCCACCAAGCUUUGAUUGACUGUGAUCAUGCGGAGGGCCAGAACGGCUGCGUGGGCGGGAGACUUCGAAACUCGCUGGACUACAUAAAGAACUCUGGAAUACCAACCGCCAAGAAAUACCCAUACGAGGCGCAGAACGGCCGAUGCAAGCACAAAAAACCUCACGUAAAAAUUGCCGACUGGUUCACAGCAGAUAAGGAUAAUCUGGAGGAACACUUGAAAUACAGUCCUAUCCCGACAAGCGUGUUUGCUCCUACGAUUCUCCAACACUACGUCUCAGGCGUGUUCGAUGAGGAAGGGUGCGUCAAUGAUUUACAAUACGCAAAACACAGCGUUGUUAUCGUUGGACAUUAUAAAGACGUGUGGAUUCUCCGAGACAAUGAACUUCCCACUUGGGGCUUACAGGGUCACUAUUUGCUGAGGAAAGGAAUAUGCGGCAUUGGAUUGAGGGCUUAUGAAAUACAAGGCCCCUAUCAACGUCAACGAAGCACAAAAAGACAGAAACUGGGUUUUUAAUCACGCGAAAAAGUGUUUGGAAUUUGAAAGGAAUCUUCCAAUAUAAUACAGAACAUAUUUUGGAGGAAGGUAGAACACUGAUUCCAAGGUUGCACGAGUGACUCAAACCAUUCAAUAUUUAUACCAGAAUGUAUUAGAUCAAUUUUUGUGUAAAAUUCUUCUGAUUUUCGCAUGAGAUCAGAGAAAAAAUUAAUGCGAUUUUUAGUUCGGAAUGACUGAUAUUUUUCUGAUGAAGAUGCGAUUUGCGAGGGAAAAUUUGGUGACAUUGACAUGCGUUCUUCCUUAGAAAGAACGACGAAUUGUUAGGAGCAGUGAAAAGUUAAACGGUUUCUAAAGAUUUUUGAGCGCGGUUGCAUAAAAUGCAAGAGAACGCCAUUACUGAACGCUACUCUUCUUUGAACAAAAAAAAUCGUCGAACAAAUCUGUAAAUUUGUUAUCAUCCCAUUUCACCUAAUAAUUUUAGACGGUGAGACUAAAUAAAUGUAUGGAUAUUCAUGGUUCUUGUUCUCAAGUACAACAUUUAUCUCUAAAAUAUAGGAGAAAACCAAAGUUUGGUAUACAUGCAUCGUCUAU